UUGUAAUCCUUAAAAGAAUUAUGCGCGACUUCAAAUUGGAUGAUAUGGUGUCAAUUGUCUCUGAUGAUGUUAGUUAUUUAUAUUUGAAUAAAACUAAUAUUCAAGGAAAGGAGGCUUUCAAGAAUCAUAUGAAACAUCAAUUUGAAGUCGCGCAUAAUUCUUUUAAGGAUUACAACUUAUCUACAAAAAAAAUACUUGUUGAAGGUAAUCAAGCUAUGGUUAAAUGGGAAUGGAUUUACAAACAUAAGGGUAUUGCGAAAAAUUUGGGCAAUUUAAGAAUUGAAGGUGUUAGUGAAUUUGAAUUGAAAGGAUUAUUGAUUAAAUCCGUGAAAAGUUAUGAAAUUAAAGAUUCAGAUCAUGCUGUUAAUGGAAGUGGUGGGAGUAGAUUAUUUGGAAAGUUUGUAAGGAAACUUAAGCAUAUAGAGUCAUCAACAUAA